UUGAUUUCAAGUGACGAGGGAAAACAUGGUGUAUUGAUGCGUCAAGAGAAGAUGGAUCGUAUGGGCGGAUCGUUAAUGAUGACCACAAACAUCCAAAUUGUAAGAUGAAGAAAAUUGACGUCAAUGGAAAGCCUCACCUUUGUCUGUUUGCCCUGGAUGACAUUAAAGAAGGAGAAGAAAUUGCCUAUGAUUAUGGAGGAGAAAACUACCCAUGGAGAACACAAAUGACCAGCGCUGCUGUUAAUACCAGCACAGCGAGUAACUCUGAUCCUUCUCUCCAGUCAGAGACUCAGAUGGAUGAUGAAUCUGCUCAAAUCAACUCUCCUCAACAGAUGACCAGCGCUGCUGUUAAUACCAGCACAGCGAGUAACUCUGAUCCUUCUCUCCAGUCAGAGACUCAGAUGGAUGAUGAAUCUGCUCAAAUCAACUCUCCUCAACAGAUGACCAGCGCUGCUGUUAAUACCAGCACAGCGAGUAACUCUGAUCCUUCUCUCCAGUCAGAGACUCAGAUGGAUGAUGAAUCUGCUCAAAUCAACUCUCCUCAACAGAUUGUGAUACAGCUCUGA